CUGAUGUCGAAGAGUUAAUGAGAAGAGCCCCAGGACUUACAAGUAAAGAAGCUUUAAGAAUCCAGCAGCUCGGUCUCAACCCAGAUGAAGAAGUCGAUUUUGCUUACCUCACUGUCAAUAUGGGUCUUGAUGUAUUUUACGAAAGGAAUCAAGCUUAUAUUGCAAGACAAGUAGUCACUAAUUCUAAAGGUGAAAAAGUAGAAAUUUUAUGGCCAUGUGCUACUUAUGAUGAAAUGACUAACAUGUCUUUCGGUACAGCAGAGGUUUGGGAGUAUCAUGAAAACCCUUGGGAUCCAAUUCCAGGAGAAUUACCUAUUAGAAUUCAUCCUGACUAUGAUCUUGGUGUUCCAUACACUUGGUUUGAGUACGAAAUGGAUAACAGAUUCCAUGCUGCCAUCACUACUGACCAGCAAUACAUCCCAGAAGAUGAGAGACCAUUCCCAUUAGAUAAAAACCCACAUUGCCACAAGUAUAUCUGGAGGCCACAAGAAGACAUGCAGAACGAUGACAGAAUGAGAGACCCUGAUUGGUACCCAGAAGACACUCAUCAAAACAUUUACAACAGAAGAGGUUUCAAGAAGGCAGAGAACCAUCUGAAGGAAUAUUUGCCAAAACUAUUAUUCUGAAAAUUUGCUCUUAGUAAAAUUUGGACAUUUUACUUGAGCCUUGAGAAUAGAUGCCACCAAGGAAUGUGAUUUAUUGGCGCAUGAUAAAUAAAUUUAUUAUUAA